ACAAGUUAGUCACGUACCACCUCCAGCCCUCACCACGUUUCUCGACGUGGGUUUCCGCUCGAGCUGCCAACUCUUCUCGGUCAUCUCGACGCUAAGGAAUACAAUUUUAAUUCCCUUUAAUUAUGCAUGCCCUCCAUCAGGAAGUCAUACCACCGAGUGGGGUGGAAUUCGCAACCAGCCUCAAGCUGAUACCAGGUGGUUUCGAACUGCCACCUAACACUUCAGCACGCCAUGAAAUUGCUGCCAGGGUCGUCUGCAACGUGGUAGUCGCGCGCUCUAACCUUCUGCGCAUUUUCGAAGUGAGAGAAGAGCCGGUAGAAAAGCAGGAGACGGUGGGGAAACCGCAGACAAACGGAGAUGUUGAGAUGGGUAAUGAAGCGGAAAAUAAUGGCAUUAUAGACAAGCCUGCAACUAUCACCAAGUUUUAUCAUGUUCGCGAACAUCGCCUUCACGGAAUUGUUACCGGGAUGGAGGGCGUCAAGACUGUUGCCUCGAUUGAAGACAAGCUUGAUCGUUUACUAGUUUCAUUCAAGGAUGCCAAGAUUGCCCUAUUAGAAUGGUCGGAGGCGGUUAAUGACCUUAUUACUGUUUCGAUUCAUACUUAUGAGCGGGCACCUCAACUCGUGGCCUUGGACUCGUCGCUACAUCGCCCCGAACUUCGCGUUGACCCGCUUUCACGAUGUGCAGCGCUUUCUCUUCCAAAAGACUCCUUCGCCAUUUUACCCUUUUAUCAGUCUCUGGCAGAACUAGACGCCAUCGACCAGGAUCAAGAACAAACUCGCGAUAUCCCAUAUUCGCCAAGUUUCAUACUGGACUUGCCAAUAUCCGUCGACAAGAAUAUGCACCAUAUCAUCGAUUUCGUAUUUCUACCCGGGUUCAACAGUCCCACCCUGGCGGUACUCUUCCAGCCGCAGCCUACGUGCACGGGACGACUAAAAGAAUUCAAAGAUACUGUUCGGCUGGUUAUUUUUGCCCUCGAGAUCCAAGUUCAAAAGUUCCCUAUCAUUACCGCGGUAGAAGGCUUGCCUCAUGAUAGUUUUGCGCUGCUUCCUUGCUCAACAGCAAUCGGUGGCGCCGUUAUUAUUACCCCGAAUUCUCUUAUCUACGUCGAUCAGGCUUCAAGACGAGUUGUCCUUCCCGUUAACGGCUGGGCCUCUCGGAUAACCGAUCUCUCCCUACCUCCCAGUAAUUCACCAGAGGACCAAGAAAGGAAUGUACUUUUCGAAGGCAGUCGGGCGGCCUUCGUCGACGACAAAACCAUUCUCGUCGUUCUCAAGGAUGGUACUGUUUAUCCUGUUGAAAUCGUUGUCGAUGGUAAAUUAGUAACGAGGUUGACGAUGGGAUCUGCUUUAGCGCAGAGCACUAUUCCCUCAUUGGCACGAAUGAUAUCAGAAGGAACAUUGUUUUUGGGAAGUACAGCUGGCCCCUCGGUACUCCUGAAAACUACACGAGUUGAAGAAGAAGUUGAAGAAGGAGAGUUCAAGGCGAACGCAGUUCAGGAUGUGGUCAUGGAUGAUGAUGAGGAUGACAUCUAUGGCCCUUCAGGACCCACGGAGCCGACAAGGAAUGUUGCAAAUGGCGCAUCUAAAAGGACUCGAUCUGUCAUUCAAUUAUCACUGUCUGACGCACUCCCUGCCCAUGGCCCAAUUGCCGAUAUUACAAUGUCAGUGGCUAAAAAUGGGGAUCGACUUGUACCCGAGCUCGUUACGGCUACGGGCGUAGGCGUCUUAGGGGGUUUCACCUUGUUUCAGCGUGAUUUGCCCACCCGUACCAAACGAAAACUCCAUGCAGUCGGCGGUGUUCGAGGGAUGUGGUCGCUAUUCAUACGUCACAAGGCGGAUUUGGACAAGAAGAACUCUUUUCCUCGUCCUGGGUAUGACAACUUGAUCAUCAGUACGGACGUCAACCCCUCUCCUGGGUUGUCUAGGAUUGGUUCACGAACGGCAAAAGGCGAUGUUAACAUCACGACUCGUAUUCCCGGGACCACCGUCGGGGUCUCAGCGUUUUUCCAUAAUACUGCUAUAUUACAAGUCAUGACUAAUGCGAUUCGUGUUCUCGAACCUGAUGGCACCGAAAGACAGAUCAUUAAGGAUAUGGAUGGUCAUAGCCCACGAGCCAAAAUCAGAGGCUGCAGUAUCUUGGAUCCGUUUGUGUUGAUCUUUCGAGAGGAUGAUACCAUUGGGAUGUUCGUAGGACAACCUGAGAGAGGCAAGAUACGAAGAAAGGACAUGUCGCCAAUGGGAGAGAAGGGCUUUCGAUAUCUUGCGGGAUGCUUUUUCGCAGAUACAACUGGUUUAUUAGAGUCGAAUCGCCAUAAUGCGGCCGCACCCGUACCACCCAGCGCUACGAGCGAGAAAGACGGAGGUGCCACAACGUCUAGCAGUGCCCGGACGCAAUGGCUGAUCCUGGUACGCCCGCAGGGUGUGAUGGAGAUAUGGACACUCCCAAAACUGACCUUGGCCUUCUCCACGCCUCUACUCUCUACUCUACAACCCGGACUGACGGAUUCGCAUGAGCCUCCUGCGCUUUCUCCUCCUCAAGACGCUCCGCGUAAACCUCAAGAACUGGAUAUUGAACAUAUCCUUCUUGCUUCUCUUGGAGAAUCCAGACCCAAGCCGCACUUAUUCGUUUUACUGCGUUCCGGCCAUUCAGCAGUCUAUCAGCUCUUGCCGGCCGAGCCCUUCUUGGACCCCUCUAUUACUCCUCGGGCAUUCUAUGUUAAUAUCAAGUUCGUCAAAAUCCUGGCCAAGAAGUUUGAGAUCUCAAGACCGGAGGAGGGUGCUCAGGGAAUAAUCGCAGAGCAGAAGAGGAUCAUCAGACAAUUCGUACCGUUCGUUACCAAGCCUGCUCAUGGUACCUCAAAGUUCUCGGGAGUGUUCUUGACUGGAGAAAAUCCUAGUUGGAUUUUGAGUACGGACAAGGGUGGCAUACGUUUAUUUCCGUCGGGCCAUGCCGUAGUACAUGCGUUUACGUUGUGCUCGAUGUGGGAAUCGAGAGGGGAUUUUAUGGUCUAUUCUGAUGAGGGUCCUAGCCUUCUCGAAUGGGUCCCCGAUUUCCAGUUCGAUGGACCUUUACCAUCCAAAUCGGUACCUCGAGGACGAGCGUACUCGAGUGUCGUCUUUGACCCAUCGACUUCCUUGAUUGUUGCAUCGGGGACGUUAGAGGCCCGGUUCACUUCAUACGAUGAGGACGGGAAUAGAAUAUGGGAACCAGAUGCUGUCAACAUCUCCGAUCCUACCGUUGAAUGUUCAACACUUGAGCUCAUUUCGCCUGACCUAUGGAUAACAAUGGAUGGAUAUGAAUUUGCCAAUAAUGAGGUUAUCAAUGCGCUUGCUUGCGUCACGCUUGAGACGUCUAGUACCGAAUCGGGAAGUAAAGAGUUCAUCGCCGUCGGAACGACUAUUGAUAGGGGGGAAGAUUUGGCUGUGAAAGGCGCUACCUACAUCUUUGAAAUCGUUGAGGUCGUUCCGGAUCCAUCCUUGGCGCCCAAGCGUUGGUACAAAUUGCGUUUAAGGUGUCGUGAUGAUGCGAAAGGACCCGUUACGGCUCUGUGUGGUCUAAAUGGAUAUCUUGUUUCUUCGAUGGGACAGAAGAUCUUCGUGCGUGCAUUUGAUCUCGAUGAGAGGCUCGUCGGUGUCGCUUUUUUGGAUGUAGGGUUGUAUGUCACCUCCCUAAGGUCGUUAAAGAACCUACUCCUUAUCAGCGAUGCUGUGAAGAGUAUAUCGUUUGUUGCUUUCCAAGAAGAACCUUAUAAGCUUGUUAUACUCGGGAAGGAUGUCCCGCAUCGUUGUAUCAAUCGGGUUGACUUCUUUUUCACCGAAAAUGAGAUGAUGUUGGUUGCAAGUGAUGAAGAUGGGAUCAUCAGGAUGUAUGAUUACAAUCCGCAGGAUCCCAGCUCUCGAGAUGGCCGACAUCUACUGUUACGCACGGAGUUCAAUGCACAAGCGGAAUUCAAAUCAACGACGCUCGUGGCGCGUAGGCCGUCACCAGAAGCUGUCAUUCCAGAAUCGAGAUUGAUAUGUGGUGGUACCAAUGGAUCACUAAUAUGCCUCACGCCUGUUGAUGAAGGCGCUUCGAAACGGUUGCAACUCCUACAAGGACAGCUCAGUAGGAACAUGCAACAUAUUGCUGGGUUGAACCCGAGGACACUUCGCAUCGUGAAGAACGAUUAUGUUUCGAGACCGCUGUCGAAAGGCAUACUUGAUGGCAACUUGUUAUGUCAUUUCGAAGGGUUGCCCAUUACGAGGCAGGUCGAGAUUAUGAAGGAAAUUGGAACGGAAGUUGCGGUGGUAUUAAAGGAUUGGGUCACUCUUCAGGGGCCCUGGUGAUGAAUGGACUCGGGGGGAAAUAUUAUGUUUAUUAAGUUCAUUCCACCAAGACCACGUUGCUACAAAAAACCUAAACGGCCCAUACUGAACACAUGUAACUAACUGUUGUUCCCGUUACUUGAUGAUCAAAUUAGCCGUUGAUGCCUGUGUCAUCGCACUAU